AUGACCUUGAGGCAGUUGGCCUUGAACAAGGACGACGGACACAGCACUGUUGGACUUCGGCUACACUGUCUUGCGCCCACUCCACGAGGCACGCGAGGUAAACGUUGUCGUAUCACCAACGAUGCAAGAGAGGAUGAAAUGGACCGAAACUUGGGCCAUGUAGCCAAUGUUGUCGGUGAACUGCGUUCAAUGGCUGUGGACAUGAACAACGAGAUUGCCGUCCACAACCGAAAACUGGACGACAUCUAUACCAAGGCUGACGACAAUCAAGGCCGCAUGACUGUUGCCCAAAAUCAGGCCGAACGUAUUAUCGGGUACGUUUUUGGCAUUGUUAUUAAUUUUACAUGUCUGGCAAAUUUUUGGGACAAGCUUUACCAUGUACUCGUAGAUGCCUCUUUCCGAGACUAUCUCAAUGUAAUAAUCCGGGUAUCGAGAAGAAGAGGACUCGAUCGUUGGGGCAAUACUUCUAUUCGCCGGACGUUUGGAUAUGCGUCGCGGAUUCGUCAUUAG